AGCAGGGCCCGCGCGUGUCUCGGUUGCCUGGAUACCGCUGCGAAGCAGUAGCUGCGGCUUGCGCUCCAGUUGCCGUGUCGCGGCUGUUGCUAGAACUGGCGGUCGGUCCUUAUUUUACGAGGAGCCCGAGAAGGAGCGGCACACCUUGAUUCUUCCCAGCUUGGUCCUGGUCUGCGGAGAGCGAUGCCUCUUCCCGACACCAUGUUCUGCGCGCAGCAGAUCCACAUUCCCCCGGAACUGCCGGACAUCCUGAAGCAGUUCACCAAGGCUGCGAUCCGCACCCAGCCCGCCGACGUGCUGCAGUGGUCCGCGGGGUAUUUUUCAGCUUUGUCAAGAGGAGAUCCACUUCCUGUAAAAGACAGAAUCGAAAUACCCAUGGCUACUCAGAAAACAGACACAGGCCUGACUCAAGGACUCCUUAAAGUUUUGCACAAGCAGUGUAGCCACAAGGAAUAUGUGGAAUUAGCAGAUCUUGAGCAGAAAUGGAAAAAUCUGUGCCUGCCGGUAGAAAAAUUCAGAGCUCUCUUGCAGUUGGAUCCUUGCGAAGACAAAAUCGAGGAGAUAAAAUUUUUAGCGCUUGGAUGCAGCAUGCUUGGUGGGUCAUUGAACACUGCCAUGAAGCACCUGUGUGAGAUCCUGACUGCUGACCCCGAGGGGGGACCUGCGCGCAUUCCCUUUGAGACUUUCUCCUACGUCUACCGUUACCUGUCGGGACUCGACUGGGAUAUAUCUGCAUCAGACACGGAGUCCUACCUCUCCUCUCUGAAGAACAGCAUAUAACGUGGUACCCACGAAUCCGGCCUUUUGUAGAAGGGAAGGCGGCACACGCUGUGCCCCGAGGUGUCACUCAGUGAUGCUGAGGAUACCCGGGCCUCGGGAGGCUGUGCCGGUCUCUGCAGACUUCAGAGGGAGACAACUUAUCUCGUCCUUAAGAAACAUGUAUCCAAAACGCAUCUUGAUUCUUAAACACGGGAUGUCACAUGGUUUAAAACCGGGGCAUGUUCAAAAGUAAGAAUACAUUUCUCAACAAUGAAACACCGAAUGGGUCCCUGCAGGUGGAGGGC